GUUGUGCAGACCCCAGCUCAUGAGUCAACUAACCUACAAACAAGUCGCAUCAUUAAUAGUCGACCUGACGCAUGGCGGCUGAUAAUGCAGCCAAGGUAAUCGACCCACAGACUAACUCCUCGACUACGAGGAAACCAUUGUACGAGGGAAGUACGCAGUACAAAAGCUGGAGAUACUCCCCAGAACAGCUGGAACAAGUUCGCACUUCCCUCAAUGCUGCUGCGGUAGCGGUCAUACGCAACACUUUCGAGGCAGAUGAGCCUGGAUCGUCCUCGGACGUGUUGUUCCUUAAUGCAAACGAAGAGCAGCUUCUUGUGAAACUUUACAUCACCAAGAUCCCUCAGCUGUGUGGCCAUUUUCGUUUCCCCGAGGAAGUGGAGGCGACCGCUAUCAGCUACUUGAAGCGAUUCUAUCUUAAAAACACUGUGAUGGACUGGCAUCCAAAGAAUGUGAUGCUCACCGCACUGUUUCUUGCCACGAAGACCACCAAUAACCCAAUUUCGUUGGAGUCUUACACUUCUAACAUCCCCAAAACGUCGAACUCUGACGUUCUUGACCUCGAGUUCCUGGUGUCCCAGAGUUUGAAUUUCGAGUUUGCAGUUUGGCACGCCCAUCGCGCUCUCUGGGGCAUUUGGCUUGACCUCCAGAGUCUGCCCGACGUAUCCGAGGACCUUCGACCACAUGAUGUCUACGAUAUCGCCAUCAAACACGUCCGCGCUUCGCGCUUCACUGAUGCAGAACUCAUUUACACACCCUCACAAAUCGCCCUCGCUAGCCUGGCUCUCGCCUCGCCGCUUCUCGCAGAACGAUGGGCUGACUCGAAAGCGGUAGCUGGCGCUGCGCAACCACUUUCUGCAACCCUGGACCCUACCCUCGGAGCGAUCAAAUAUAUCAUCACGCAGAUGGGACAUCCUCCUGAUGUGGAGGCCGUUCGCGAGGUUGAUAGACGAUUGAAGGUAUGCAAGAAUCCAGAGAAGGUUCCUGGCAGCAAGGCCUAUCUUGCACGGCAAGUAGCUGAACAAAGACGAGCGGAAGAGAAACGCAAUAAAAAGGCGGAAGACGUAAGGAGAGCCGUCACGGAAAGCGUCAACCCAUUUGGGAGCGAGCUUAAUGAAGAUGAAAAGGCGAAGCAAUUGGCUGAGCUCGAUGACGAUGAUGAUUAGGACACAGACGCUUUUAAAGGACA